AUGAUCAAUUUAAUUACAAGAGAAAUAUUGAGAAGAAAGAUAGUUGAGAGCAAGAAGGAGAAGAAAUAACAUUUCUUAAUGGCCACUUGAAUCAUUGAUACAGCAAUUUUGUUCACUUUCAACUGUUCUCAUGUUUUUCAUUCAAUAUUAGAUUUUUUCAAAUUUCUGAGCUUCCCCAUCUUUUAUAUUAUUUAUUAAUCAAUUCAAUGGCCAAUUUACAGGCCAAAAUUGUUUUCGUUAUUGCCAUUUGUUUGACAAUCAAUUCAGCCAAUGGGAUUACGAGACAAGAUUUAUUUCCCUUUGCAGGACCAGAUGACGAAGUGUUAACUGGCAAAGAUGAAGGAUCAUCUCAACAGAUUAAACUUUCUUCUAAUGUAAUCCUUUUUGAAAGAUCUUAUGAUUUCCUUUUUGUCAGUAUCAAUGGAGUUAUAUCAUUCCUGUCUGAUGCUGCUAACUACCUUAACUAUGCUUUGCCUUUAAGUAUUCCUAUGAUUGCUCCUUUUUAUGCUGACAUCGAUACUCGGAUUACAGGAAAAGUUUAUUAUCGACAAACAACAAAUCCUGAUCAGUUGAACCUUGCCAAUGGAUACAUCAGUUCGGUAUUUACAUCUGGCUUAAACUUCCAAGCUAACAGUCUAUUCAUCGCAACUUGGGUUGACGUUGGUCCAUAUCGAAACAAUUUGAGUUUUAUUGACCCAAACAAUGAAAAAAAAAAUACAUUUCAAGUUGUUAUUGCGACAGACGGCAAGGAAUCAUACGCAUUCUUCCUUUACCCUCAAAAAGGUAUAACAUGGGCCAAAAGUGAUACCAAAGAAGCUCGUGAACCUGCCUUAGCGCAAGUCGGAUUUAUUGACUUAAAUGGAUACCAGUUUUAUCCUCUUGAUGUCUCAGGAACCAGUAGGACUCUCAAUUUAGAUAGAAUGUCUAAUAUCAAAGAGGCGGGAAUCUUCAUAUUCCGUAUUGGUAAACUUGGUGUUUCUGGAGGUGUUAUUGAACCAGAUCGACCUUCAUCAUCUCGUGAAUCUGAUGUUGUACCAUCAGACGUUAUGGAUCGAUGUGAAACAACUUUUGAUCCUUGUCCACCUGAAGCGCAUUGUGAACAAUAUUCAACUGGCUUUUGCUGUAAAUGUAAAGAAGGUUUUAUUGGUAACGGAAGACAGUGCAUUAAAUCAGACACAUUAGAUACAUCACCAAUUCGUUUGGUAGGCCAGGUUCAUGGAACAAUUAAUGACCAAAAAAUUGGAGACGCUGACAUCUAUGUCUAUGCUGACGUUAACUCAGGUCAAAUUUACACAACAAUCAGUCGAUUGCAAAACAUACAACCCAGUGAUUUUCAAUCAUUGAUUCCGUUAACUGACCUAAUUGGUUGGUUAUUUGCAAAAGGACAACCAGGAACUGUAAAUGGGUUCAGUUUGACAGGCGGAGUUUUCAAUAGAACUGCUAGAAUAACUUUUCCUCAGACCGGGGAACAAGUGACUGUUAUUGAGCGUUAUCUUGGACUUGAUGUUUUCGGUAAUCUUAAGAUGGAUAUAGUAAUAACAGGAAAUUUACCAGCCAUUCCAAUGGGCUCUAGAGUUGAAUUUGAUGAUGCAAUUGAAGUUUAUGCUUCUAAAGAACCAGGAAUGUUCACUAGCUCAUCAGGUCGUUCAUAUAGGCUCACUGGAGCUUCCAUGGAUAUACCCAUUUCAAUCGAACAGGAAAUUCAGUUCACGUCAUGCGCUUAUGCACCAAAAGAUCAACAAGUUAAAACAAUUAAAAUCUCAGCAAAUCGGUAUAAUAUUGAUGUGCGAACAAUUCAAGAUCCAAUUCGAUUUACGGCUGAAUAUUCGGUUGUGCCACCAGAUGACAAUCCUUGCAAAAAUGGCAACGCUGUUUGUGGUGCUAACAGUCAAUGUGUAGUUGAUGGGGAAAAUUAUCGUUGUGUUUGUAAUCCAGGGUUUCGAAGUGAUGACCAAUCUGAUCCAAACAGUGUCAGACCAUUGUGUUUAGAUAUAGAUGAAUGUUUGACAAACCAAUCUCGCUGUCAUAAAGAUGCUCGGUGCCAAAAUCAACCAGGAAACUAUCGCUGUAUUUGUAAUGAUGGUUUUGUCGGUGAUGGAUACCGAUGUCGACCUCAAGAUUCAAUGUGUGGUGAUAAAUUUUGUGAUCCUAAUGCUGACUGUUUACCUUCUACUGAUGGAUCCAAAAAGUGCAUUUGCUUACCAGGUUUUACUGGUAACGGAAUCAUUUGUCGUUCCGUUUUAGGUCAACCAGGAUCACCUAAUGCUUGUCCAGCUGAUUUACGUUGUGAUCGUAAUGCUCAAUGUGCCAUUAAUCCAGUCACUAGAGAAUAUGGUUGUGUUUGCAAUCCAGGCUUUACUGGUAAUGGUUUGGUUUGUGAAUUGGUCGGAAAAGUUUGUUCGAGUGAUGCCAAUUGUGGGGAGAACGGACAAUGUAAAACAAGCAAUUCUGGAGUUGGAUAUUGUGUCUGCAAACAAGGGUAUUAUGGCGAUGGUUACACCUGUAUCAGGACAACCGAGCCAAAGCAAAUUGAAAACUGCUUUACAAGUAAAAUAUGUGAUAUUAAUGCUGUCUGUAAUGACUUACCCAACGGUGAAACUAAAUGCAUUUGUAAUGAAGGAUACACUGGAGAUGGACGUACUUGUGCAAUUAUAUCAGAUUGUAAAGAAGACUCUGAUUGUCCGGCUUCAUCUAAGUGUGACCCACUACCAGAAAUUGUUGACGGUGGAAGAUGUACUUGUAUUCAAGGUUUCGCCAUGAUUGAGAACACUUGUGUUUCGAACGAUAAAGCUCCUUGCAAUAUUGUUAAAAAUUGCCAUGCAGAUGCAGCAUGUAAAUUCAAUUUAGAGGAAAAGCAAUUUAAAUGUGAAUGCAAUAAAGGUUUCAAAGGUGAUGGUAAAAACUGUGAAUCCACUCAAAUACCAUGUAAUGUUUUGAAUACUUGUGGAUCUCAUGCUGCUUGUAAUUACAAUCCAAUAGAGUUGGGUUAUCGUUGUAUGUGUCUAUCCGGUUAUAUUGGCGAUGGUUACACUUGUGUACCUUCAUCAUCAUGUCGAGAUUAUCCAUAUCAAUGUCAUCGAGAUGCUGAAUGUGUUUUCUCUCCAACAACUCGUGAAUACAAAUGUCGAUGUAAUAAUGGCUUUUCCGGAGAUGGACUCGAUUGUUCACCAAACAAUCGGUACGAUGGACCUUAUUUAGUUGCUGUCCAAGGAAUGUCUUUUGCUCGUCUACCUAUGGCACCUGGACGUCAGGGUGAAUUUCUUUUCGUGUUGAACAAUAAUUUACCAGUUGGAAUUGCUUUCGAUUGUGCAAAAGGCUCACUCUAUUACACAGACAUUAUUGACAAAGCUAUAUCAAAAGCUGGUCUAAAUGGAUCUCAUGACAUAACAAUUCUUACUGGCUUAAUUUCACCAGAAGGAUUAGCUAUAGAUUGGAUAAGUCGUAACAUAUAUUGGACUGAUUCGCUGAAAAGAGCUAUUCAAGUCUCUCGACUAAAUGGAUCCUCUGUAAGAACUUUAAUCAGCGACGAUUUGGUCAAUCCUAGAGGAAUCGCUCUCCAUCCAGGUUUAGGUAAAAUGUACUUUACUGAUUGGAAUAGAGCAGCACCAAAAAUUGAGAUGGCAAAUAUGGAUGGUACUGGAAGAGUGGUUCUUGUUUCUGAAGCUGUUAAACUGCCAAAUAUGCUUGCUAUCGACUAUAUGACCAAUGAACUGUGUUGGACCGAUGCUGGUCUCAAAAGGAUCGAGUGUAUUGAUCUUUAUGGUUCUAAACGUAGACUAGUCCAUUACACUUCUGGUUAUCCCUUCGACUUGGCCAUUGUUGAAGAUUACAUAUUUUGGACAGAUUGGGAAACGAAUAAUGUCCACAGAGUUGGUCGCAAUGGAGGCAAAGAAGAAACCUUAAUGAUACCUAAAGGAUCAAAUGGACGGCUUCAUGGUAUAGUGGCUAUGGCCGAAGCUUGUCCGGCGAUGAGCAAUCCAUGUAGAAUCCGUAAUGGAGGCUGUAAACAUCUAUGUUUACCGUCUGGUCCUCGAUCACGAACCUGUGUUUGUCCAGAUGAUGAUGGAUCAGGUGAAGAAUGCACUUUGAUGUUACCACCGCUACCAAGACCAUCCCCAUCUGGAGUUGGAAUUAUUGGGAUUGGAUAAAUUGAAAUUCUAUAAAAUUUAAAAUUUUAUUUUCUCACGCCUUUAAAUCCUAGACAAUUAAGUAUAAUUGCAUUCGGUUGUAUCAAUUUUCAUUUUCUAAUGCAUUUUCAAUCAUUGCGCUGAAAAUCUUCAUUCUUACCUCUGAUGAUUUCAAUUAAGUUGACACAUUUACUGUUUAAAAAAAUAAACUAAUAGUAUUGCUAAUAUUGAAUGUAAAA